AGGAUGGAGAGACUGUGAAGGAAAGCAAAGCUAGAGAGAGCGACACAAGAUGCCGGUUUCAACCCUAAUAUGGACCGUACUUUAUCAUAUCUUUUUUAUCAACACUUCUACCUAUUUUGAAUUAUGCGAAAAAUCUAAGUUGAACAUAUUUAUGUAAUUGCUUUUAUAUGACUUUACUAUAUGAUAUGAUCAUUUGCUAGUUACUUAACAUUCAUGUUAUCAUUUGGAGACUAUAAAAAAAAGUACUUUUUUAUUUUAAAAUAGGACAUAUAUAUUAAGAGGAUGGUAGUGUGUAUAUACACACAAAUAAUAAAAAAAUGAAGAGAAACUAAAAGUCUAAAAAUUAGAGUUGAGAAGUAUUAAUGGCGAAGUGUAUGGUGGCAGAUACACAUUGAAGAAGUGCAAUAAAAGGGUGAUUGUUUCAGUUGGGUAGGUCUACCUUUCAUAAUUUCAAACCACACCCUUUCUUCUAUUUCUCUUCCUCACACAAACUCACCCUUAUUCAUUCUCAAAAAUUUAAUUCUUCAAACUGCAUAACUAGCUGAGCUUCAUCAAUACAUGAAUCAAAUGCACACAAUCACGAUCUUCAUGAUGUUGAAAGCUCAAAACAAUCUAUGAACAAGACAACACCUUUGUUAUAAAUUCAUCUCACCAACCUUUCCCUCUUUAUCAUUAAUAUUUUCACCACGGAAAGUUAGAGGCAAAACAAGUCAUUUUCCACCUUUUUCCUUUCCACUUGUUGUUUUUUGAGCAUGGUAAUGCACAUGAAAAUCAUAUUUUUGUAUUUGUGCUUUUUGUAUUUCAUGGCUGAAUCAUCAUCAUCUUCAUCAUCUACUAUCCAAAAUUACACAAGGUAUAAACAAAUCAGUAGCUUGAGGCUUGAAAGGAUUAAUAACCACUUGGAAAAUAUUAACAAGGUUCCUGUUCUCACCAUAGAGAGCCCAGAUGGCGAUCUUAUAGAUUGUGUCCACAAAAGAAAACAAUUAGCUUUGGAUCACCCACUUUUAAAAAAUCACAAGAUCCAGAAAAUGCCUAGUGAGAUGCCAAGAGGGAUGAAAGUGAAGAGUGAACAAAAUGGUGAUAGUAAUAACAAUACUGAGACUAAUGUGGGGGGUGGAGAAGGAAAAGGGAGGGUAAGAAGAGAUGUGUGGCAAAUGUGGCACCGAAACGGAACAAGGUGUCCUAAGGGGACUGUUCCGAUACGGAGGAGUAUGGUGCAUGAUGUGUUGAGGGCAAAGUCUUUGUAUGAUUAUGGUAAGAAACAACGGACACAAAUUCCGGUCGCUCGCCGGAGUAAUGCCCCUGAGCCUGAUAUACUCUCCGCCGGCAAUGGUCAUGAGCAUGCGAUAGCAUACACUGGAUCAUCAUCACAAGAGAUGUACGGUGCAAAAGCAUCGAUAAGCGUGUGGGACCCAUCAAUUGAAGUGAUGAACGAGUUUAGUCUCUCGCAAAUUUGGGUUCUUUCUGGAUCGUUCGAUGGUCCUGAUCUUAACAGCAUUGAAGCUGGAUGGCAGGUCAGUCCGGAGCUUUAUGGUGACACCAGACCUAGAUUAUUCACUUAUUGGACGAGUGACUCUUAUCAAGCAACAGGAUGUUACAAUCUUCUUUGUGCUGGUUUUAUUCAAACCAAUAGCAAGAUAGCUAUUGGUGCUGCAAUUUCUCCUGUCUCUUCUUAUGCCGGCAACCAAUACGACAUUUCAAUCCUCAUUUGGAAGGAUCCAAAGGUAGGAAACUGGUGGAUGAGUUUCGGCGACAACACAUUGGUAGGAUAUUGGCCAGCAGAGCUAUUCACACAUCUCGCCGGUCACGCCACCAUGGUGGAAUGGGGCGGCGAGGUGGUGAACUCGCGCUCCAACGGCCGACACACCUCCACCCAAAUGGGCUCCGGCCAUUUCGCCGAAGACGGAUUCGGAAAAGCGAGCUACUUUCGCAAUCUCGAGAUUGUGGACAUUGAUAACACUCUUAGCUCAGUGCAAAGCAUUUCAACGCUAGCAGAAAACACAAACUGUUACGAUAUUCAAAGCUCCUAUAGUAACGAAUGGGGUACAUAUUUCUAUUAUGGUGGGCCCGGGAAUAAUCCUCAGUGUCCAUGAUUUUUAAUUGACGUACAUAUAAAUUCAGUUGGACACGUAUAGUUCUGUUUCGAAUUUGUCCCACGUUGUUGAAGUAAUGUUUUAUUUUCUUGUUACAUUCUUUACUUGUACGUAAUUAAAAAAUUAUCAUUCUUCUGUUUGCAUCCUUGUUUGUUUUUUUUGGAAGUAUAUGUGAAUGAGCAGAACACAGAAAAUUGAUAAGAAAUGGCAAAUUUUGAAUGUUCGAACUUUUAUAUACGUCAUACUUUUUUCA